AUGGCUGCGACUAGAAAGAUGGCGUCCGGCCUGAUAAAUCGUGUUCAGAUUGCUUUGCAGAGAUUUGACAAUAUAAUUCUGAAUAUUCUGAGCCGCAGAUUUCCUCCAGAAGCGUUAUGUGUCGUCGAAUUGAACGAGGGGCAAAACUGGCCGCAGCCGAUCCCUCGAAGGAGUCCAUUUUCCAUAGAGAAUAUUAUUGAUAACGGUUUUCUGUGGGCUGUUCCCACACAUAAGCGAACAAUUGAAAAAAGAUGGAAGAGACGCUAUGGAGAUCCUAAGUAUAUUUGGAAAUUGUUGACCCCGAAGACAAACAUUUUGACUUGUAAUACAUGUGGUCAUGAUCAUGAAGCUGGUAUUCUUUGCAGACACUGUUACGACAAAGUAAUGGCUGAAACAAAAGAGAUGCAAACUGCUAUCGUGAAUGAUUUAGGAUUAAAACCAGUCGAGAAGGAUGUCAUUGUUUUAUAUGACGGAGAAAAGAGUGACGAAAUGGUAGAUUAUUGGAAGAACAAACAAAUCGUGGAGGUACCUAGAAAGAGGCCAAGCUGGUUCCAGAAAAAUCUACUUCAACGAACAACAGAGACACCUUCCAACAGUAAAGACAUUGAGCCGACUAAUUUGGCGUAGAUACAUAUUUUAUGGAAAAUCUUCAGUUCUCUGGAAAUACUUCAAGUAAAGUUAAAUAAAAGUAAUAAUAAUAAUAAUAAUAAUAAUUUGGUAGAAAUUUCUCGAAUAAACGAGUAGAUCCUAAUGCGGUAA